AUGAGACUUUGUAUUGCUGAGCAUAAUAUUCUCAAAAAAUUACAUGAUAGAACUUUAACUAACUUGAUUCAUUCAACCAAAAAUUAAAAACCAACAUGACUUCUAAACCUCAAAGCAUCUUUUCCUAUGGGAAUUUAGUGCAUGCAAUAGCUGGUGGUUGUGGCUCAGCAUUUGCAAUGUCAGUAUUUUUCCCUUUAGAAACUGUAAGAACAAGAGUACAACUGCGUAAAAAACUGUCAGCUGCAAACAGUGAUCAACAGCAAACUCCUUGUCAGGAGGAUGAGAGUGUGCUUGGACUACUACAACGAAUCCUUCAUGAAGAAGGUCUAUCUGGGCUUUAUCGUGGACUGGUCCCUGUUAUUCAGUCGCUGUAUUGUAGUAAUUUUGUCUACUUCUACUCAUUUCAUGGCCUGAAGAAGGCCUUGAAUCCCAACCAGUCUGCAGUGAACGAUCUCUUGUGUGGGAUGGCUGCAGGCGUCAUCAAUGUCUUGACCACAACUCCUCUGUGGGUUGUGAACACAAGACUGCGACUCCAGGGCACGGACCUGCAGCUGGAGGAGCACAAACGCUGCAAGGGCAUGAUUGAUGGUCUCCUGAAGGUUUACCAGCAAGAAGGCGCACUGGGGUUGUGGUCAGGCUGCACCUCAUCCCUGAUGCUGGUCAGCAAUCCUGCCUUCCAGUUCAUGGCCUACGAGGCCAUCAAAAGACGAAUAACUGGAGGCAAGAGCGGCGCUGUGCCACCGGCACUACAAGUGUUCCUGGCGGGCGCCGUCGCCAAGGCCUUCGCGACGAUCAUCACCUACCCCAUACAGCUCGUGCAGGCGCGCCAGAGGCACAGCGAGGGCCGGCGCAGCACGCUGCAGUUGCUGCAGAUGAUUCUUGUCGAGUCCGGGCCUGCUGGGCUCUACAGGGGACUCAGGGCUAAGCUACUACAGACUGUGCUGACUGCUGCGUUGAUGUUCCUGUGCUACGAGAAAAUCGUGUCCGUGGUUUAUGCCGUCAUGCUGGGACGAUCCAGACUGGCUGCUGUCAAGAAGUAGAGCUUUGCUGCUGUCAAGAAGUAGAGCUUUGCUGCUGUCAAGAAGUAGAGCUUUGCUGCUGUCAAGAAGUAGAGCUUUGCUGCUGUCAAGGAGUAGAGCUUUGCUGCUGUCAAGGAGUAGAGCUUUGCUGCUGUCAAGAAGUAGAGCUUCGUCUUCUGCAGCCAUCGCUUGAGCUCUAGUUCAGAAAUUAUCCCGAUGUAUAGGUACCGAGUUUGAAGAAAGAAGUGCUCUAUAACGAAAAAAAUUCAGCAAUAAGUUAAAAUUCAGCAUUGGUUGUCCUUACUAAAUCGUGAUUUACCACUCAUUUCCGUUUUAAUUAUGAAGUGAAGUUAUUUGAAAUGAUGUUUGGUUCAAAUUUUUUUUAUUAUUUUUAAUCUAGCACAUUUUAUGGUUUUAUUGCUGAACUCUACUCACUUCAUUAAACUGACAAGUUCGAGUGAAAGUCAGAACAAAGCUAAUUUUUAUUUCAUGACGUGAUUCAUGGAUUAAAUGGAUAUUGCCGAAAUAUUUUUAUGUGUUUGGUCAUAUUGACAGUUGGACAUGCUGCCAUGCGUUGUCAGCUCUCGUUCUGUAAGUAAAAAAGUCCUCUUUUCAUUGUCUCAGGGAAAUGGUGCGAACAUUAGAGCAAAAGACACUAAUGGUUAUUAUCCAAGAAAUUACUUCGAGUUAGUCUUCAAUCUGAAUGAAACAAUAUUAUAGGUGCCAUAAAAUUACUGCAUUCCUUACAUUUUUACUCGUAUCAAUUGGAACGUGCUAAGAAAUGAUAACUUUAAUUGACAAUUAGACUGUAUACCCUUCGUGCAAAUUUUAAACUGCAUAUUACUGAUAUUUACAAAAUCGUUUCUUUAAGAUUUAGACAUUGAUUUUUUUUCUGUAAUAACUGCAGCACUGUCUUAUUUGGGUCCAUUGCUGUGCGAUGCCUCUGAUUAUUUAUGUGCCAAGCAAGACAAUUGAAAUAAAUAUUCGUGGCUCUAAAACCAACGUGUUGAAAAUGCCCAUUAGUCUUCGCUACGAAGCUUCAUGAUUAAAUAAAUUUUUAACAUUUUUAUUUUUCUUUCGUUCGUGUUUUGAAUGUUUUUUCUGUGAGUACCUUAUGUUACCUUCAUUAAAAGGAUUUAGUGGCAUUAAAAUUUUGUUGCUGCGUUUGCUGAAGGUGGAUUUGUCUUGUAGAUUAAUAGACGAUAUUCAUUAAUAUAAUUGCAGCUUAUCUACGUAACUGUUUCAAUUAUUGCUGAUAUGCUAUUGAAAUGGGUUUACCUUGUAUUAUAUGUUAUUUGGUGUCGUUAUUUUGUCGGUUAACAUAUAUUUUAAUGUCUAGUUGAAAUGAAGUCUAUCUCUGGAGGAGCUCAAAGCCGCGACAGCAUUCCAUUAGGACCGCAAUGCAUGCGGCUAAAUGAGUACAGCUUCAACCCCUAAUUUUCGUUUGAAAUUUUUCUAAAAGGGUGCGAUGAUUUAACUGUAACAGCAAUAUUUUUAUUCUUAUAGCUAAUUAGCUUAAUUUUCAUCUAAUUGAUCCCAAGUUAAUUAUGCAGUGAUGCUUUUGCUCGUUUGGAAACCUUUUAUCACGAAUACUGAAUGAUUUUAACUUGAAAAAUUAAUGGAUGCCAGUUUCGUCUCUUCUUAACUGUGGUGUAAUCUUAUAGCCUUAUAACAUGUAGAGCUGGUCAUCUCAGGCUGUGAACAAAUUAUGUUUACCGAGAGACUUCAGUUCAUGCUUCAUUUCUCUUCCUCAGUGGCCCAGUAUAAUUAUUAUUAUAGCGGUUUUAAUAAUAAGAAUUUGUAACGUGUUAUGAUACAGGGUAGAUUAUUAUCAUCCAUUUUCAAGUGAAGUGAGUCAACGUCAUGGUCAAGGGCUGCUCACUCGCACCUGAGAAUUCUUCCUUUCAUUUGGUUUCUCUUCUUCAGGUCGAAUAAUAAUAAUAAUAAUAGCGG